GCCUCUUCUCUCCAGCCGACCUGUCAGCACUGCGGCUACAAGCCGACGGACUUGUUCAAAGUUGUAUCCAGGGACUCCCGUCGGCGCUAACAUGGCUCCUGUCGCACAGUUAAAAGAGGCUAUCGCCGAUGUGCAUGAGGGAAUCCGGGCAAUCCUUCUGGGACCGCCGGGAGCCGGCAAGGGAACUCAGGCCCCUCGACUUGCUGAGCAGUACUGUGUCUGCCACCUGGCCACAGGAGACAUGCUGAGAGCCAUGGUGGCGUCUGGCUCGGAGCUGGGGAAGAGGCUGAAGGCCACCAUGGAUGCUGGCAAACUGGUCAGCGAUGAGAUGGUGGUGGAGCUCAUUGAGAAGAACCUGGACACUCCACCGUGCAAGAAUGGCUUCUUGCUGGACGGUUUCCCUCGAACUGUAAAGCAAGCCGAGAUGCUGGAUGACCUGCUGGACAAGAGGCAGGAGAAGCUGGACUCAGUGGUGGAGUUUGCUGUGGAUGACUCUCUGUUGGUGCGCAGGAUCUGUGGCAGACUCAUUCAUCAGCCCAGUGGACGCUCCUACCAUGAAGAGUUCAACCCCCCGAAAGAGCACAUGAAGGACGAUGUGACCGGGGAGCCCCUGAUGAGGCGCAGUGACGACAACGAAGCCACCUUGCGUUCCCGUCUGGAGGCGUAUCAUCGCCAGACAGUCCCCCUGGUGGACUACUACAGCGCUCGGGGUCUCCACACUGCCAUCGACGCCUCCAAGAGCCCCAAUGUCGUCUUCGCUUCCAUCGUCGCCGCCUUCACUGCCGCCACGGAAACUCCAGUCCGAGCCAGCGCCUGUAAACACCAAGUCUUCUUCAUCUAAACAAACUUUCCUCUGCCUUUCCCUCUCCUUUUUGCUGCCCUUUUCUCCCCUUGAAUCAUCAUAGCACUUUUGUUGAAACUGCUUUCCACAACUGUGAGACAGUCUGAAGGACACCCCAUGGGUUAGAUGGGAAGAGAAGCUGGAUUCAGCCACCUGGAGCUCCUCCUGGUCGCCUACUCUCUAAUCACAAAGUGCUUGUUGCCAUUGACUGUCGAUAUGGGUCAACAGUAUUCCUGAUUGUGUUACGUUCCAGUCUGCUCCACUAUUUCAGUUGGAGUAUUUCAGAUAUGUUCACACCUACGUGGCUUAGCAUCGCUACCUCCCUAGUGCUCCGUAUUAUUAUUUGGUGGCUUCAUUCUGACGUUAAAGAUGCUUCCUGGGGCUUCAAAAGCAAGUCACCAUAGUAGCUAGCUGCACAUCACGCGACCACGUUAGCUGUAAAUGCUAACAACGGGGUGAAAUUAACUAAAAAAUGCCCACUAUUUUCCUACUUUCGUCUCAAUUGAAGGGACAGGAACCCGGCAACCUAGUGAUACGUUUCUACUACCUGAAGAGUUUUUCCCCUCUUUGCAUGCAUCACCACAGGAUGUGUGCACAGAUAAUUAAUACACCACGAAUGGAUGAUGCUGGAAGUACAGAUUUUUCAUCUCAAUGCAGUCACAUGCUCCCUGGACCCCCCAAAUGUGCACAUCUUGACGCCUGUACAUUGAUUUUACAUGUCAGUCAGCCACUUUUGAUGCAGCAGUUUCAUUCGGUGUGAACGUACGGACGUCCCUAAGCCAGUGACAGUGUUUCCUUUCCAUGCUACAUGGCAGUGAUCUGGCCUGUGAAACCCUGGUUAUGAUUUAAAACAGACGUUGACACGCUCUUACUGACUCUUCAAUAUAUGGUUCAGUGAGCCUUGGUGCGUUGUGGUGGAGAUGAAAGAAGUAGUUUAAGGUAGUAACUAGUACUAUGCAUUUGUUUUUCUUUUAGUCCCUCUGAGAAGCAACCGUUCUAUUAUCUAAACAAUGAGCUCUAUGUAGUACCCAUUCCUCAAAUGAAUGUUUACAAGGGUGUCCAAGCCGCUCCAGAGAGGGCCGCAGUGGGUGCAGGUUUUUGUUCCAACCAAUUAGACGCACACGGUUUAACCCAUCAAAAGUCAGCUGAGACAAGUAGCACCAGCCUGACUAUCCCCUGUUGGCAGACUCAGUUGAGUUGGAACAAAAUCCUGCACCUCCCUGACCUUUAGACGGCCGGUUUGGACACACCUGAUGUAGAAGAAUUAUUCUUUCAUCUCCCGUUUCCUCGACAUUCCCUUUGUGUUUUUCCCCUCCUUUGUCCUUGUUCCCUGUAAUACGGACAAAUGGUUACCAGAACUAAUUUGCUUUGUUUACUUGCCUAUUGUCGUCAUCUGAAAAUGAUUACCACACUUUCUGUGGAACUGAAUCCGGUGUUGACUUGAAUGAGGCUUGUUAUUGUUCUUGCUUUUAUAAACACACUCUUCAUUUUGUGGCGGCUGAGUUAUCAGCCAUUGGAUGAGUUGCCACACAGUGAUCGCCAUUGUUGAUUUCUAGGGAGACGAUAGAUAGAAACUUGAAGUGACAGGAAAAAUGUAGAAGAAUGAUUUUAGAUGGAGAGUCUGAGAUAACGUUAGUUCCUGCUCGAGUCAGUGGACUCAAGGCUUGAUAAGACAUUCAUUUGUGAAUAUCUUCAGCUGUUAUUGAAGGCAUCCCAUUCCUUAAAAUCGAAUGUUCUGCUGAUAAUUUGUGGUUAUUUUGAGGCCCACUCCGGGUAGUAACGUGACGACAACAAUCAGCAGCUUCUUCUGGAUCAAACAGUCUUAUAAUAAAGGACGUCUCUAGGAAGUUCCCUCUGUUUCCGCCUCUCCUGGGAGAGAUUUGAUCCUCUUCUCUGUAGUUGCAGUGUCUUUGUGGAUGUUCCCCAGCAGCUGGAGUGUGGAGAGGGGACACCUGAGAAGUCAAAAAUAGAAACUGAUGUGCUAACAGGCUGCGCUAGUUUCAGCUCGUGGUCUCACCUUCUUACGUUGGUUUUAUCUGUGCCCAGGAUUGCUCAUGCAGACAGUGUCGCCUUGGCUUUGACUAGAAUACUGAUGUUCAGUCCAGGAUGCUGUGAUGGGAAAACUAAAGGCAGAUGUUCGGUUGCCUGAGUUUACAGAUGCAGAAGCUUGUUUUAUUACGUGAUAUUGAGUCUGUCAUUUUUAACCACUGUCAUGCCACUGCCCCGUGUCUUGGUGCUGCUGAAUUUGCUUGUUUGUUUCAGUGUCAAGGUUGUCAUUCCUGGGAAGACUAGAUGGUGGUUGCCGGUCAGAUGGUGAGGGAGAUGGUGGAGAGGAGGCACCGUGUUGAACCAUGGAAGUUGAAGAGAAAGAUGAGAUUCUUGGCAGUAAAGGGGGUCAUGGUGUAGCUAGAUGAUCACCGAGAGAUGUGAAGAUGGUUCAUUUAAACUCCUGGCUGAUCCCAGUUUAGUCAGUGAGGUGCAGCCCAUUGUGCCCUUGUCUUUGUUGCGUGUGCUGGUUCCCAUCCCUCGAAGGUGGACUGAUCAAGCUAAUGAAUCCGGCAGCAUUGUAUUGUUCAUAUACUCCAGGAGUUUUUACAGAACUCCCAGGGGCUGAGCCUGAAAAUCCCGUCCAAAACUUGAAUGUUAAGCAGCAGUUCAGAGUUGCUCUUUCUAAGUGUUGUGCUGCGAGAUUGAUGUUUUCUCCAAAAAAUACAGUUAAAGAACAUGUAGCUUGCCAUUACUCAGCAUCAAGUGAUCACAAUAUUAACGUUGGUGCAUCACCCAGAACAGACACACAAUCUGGAGAGAAAUGAAGCUUGGUGUUUAUUUUUACUUUUUAAUGUGUUGCUUUUGAUAAGCUGUGUGAUGAUGGAACAGGAAACUGAAGCAGCUUUUGCAAUACUAAUAAUCUGCCACGAUCUACAGAGUUCUGUGUAAUGCUAUCUUGUGUUAUCAGUGAAUGUGUUGAUGACCUUUGAAUGUGACGCUAUAGCCUGUGUCUUAUCUUAGUCAUUGUGACUCUAAUUCACCAACCAUCCAUUU